AUGGAGCUAGAUCAUGAGACUAUGGGACUUGUGAUAGCGCGAGAAGAGCUUCAGAACAAACACAAGCCGCCCUCAAAAAAAGACCCGUUUGCCACCGAAGUUGCUCGUGGAGAAGCUAUAAAGAGAGAGAUUGAAAGGAGCAUUAUUGCAUUUCGCAUCAUUACUAAUAAAGCUAUAAAUAAUUCUCCACAACCUGGCGAAGAACUUGCAUGGCUCACUGAAGCCCUAGCUUUGUUUAGUAUCCAGUUACCGCGCAUGCCAAGAGAGUAUAUUGCUCGCCUUGUUUUUGAUGUGAAACACAAAAUUUUGGUUCUUGUUAAAAGAGAUCGCGUAAUUGGGGGUAUUUGCUUUCGCCCAUUUCCUGCUCAAGGUUUUAGUGAAAUAGCAUUCUGUGCAGUAACUGCCAGCGAGCAGGUGAAAGGUUAUGGUUCAUGCUUAAUGAAUUAUCUGAAGGACUAUCAUGUUGGGACUUAUAGAGUGUACCACUUUUUGACUUAUGCAGACGAAUUUGCCAUAGGGUACUUUAAAAAGCAGGGCUUUUCUAAGAAUAUUUCCCUACCUUUGGAAAGCUACCAUGGUUUCAUUAAGGACUACGAGGGAGCGACGCUGAUGGAAUGCCAACUUCAUCCUAAAAUUAUAUAUUCUGAUUUCCAUAUGACAGCAAAGAAACUGAAUGAUUUGUAUAAAAGUGUCAAAGAAAUGAAUCGAAAGAAGGGCGGUCGCGAGUACAAGGGUAUUGAAGAAUUAUUUCAAAAAUUUGAUGGGAAGGUUCUGUCGCCAUCAGACGUUCCUGGUUUGGAAAAAGCUGAAAGUAUACCUCUAGCAGAUAAAAACGUUGUGAGGAAAGUAAAAUCUAUUCUCGAAUCUAUCAAAAAAGAAAGGAAAACCUUUUGGCCUUUUCUGGAACCGGUUAACCCAAAAGAAGUGCCGCUUUAUUACGAUUACAUCAGGUUCCCAAUUGAUGUCAAGACCAUGAACGAGCGUUUGAAAACUGGUUACUAUAAACACGAGCGUUUAUUCAUCGCUGACCUUCGUCGUAUGCUUAACAACUGUUAUAAAUUCAACGCUCCGGAAAGCUAUUAUUAUAACGCUGCUUGUGAAUUGGCAAAAUUUCUGAGAAAUCUGGUUUUAAAGAAAUUUCCAGACUCUGAUUUGUUACCGGAAUUGCCAUCUACUUGA